AAAGCCACAGGAGCAGGGGUGAUCCAUGCAGUUGUUUGCAGUGAGAUUGCUGGCAGAGCAGCCACAUAAGAGCUGGUAGAAUCUGCUUUUCGUGGCACUGAUGAUGGACAAGUCGUAGGAUUGUGUCUGUUCAGUGUGUUCUACCUGUCUCAUGUAUGAGGAGAAGAGAAGAAAGUUACUUUUUCCCCCAAACCCAUUUUUAUCUGCCUUGCCUUGUGUCUAGUUUUGUGAAUGGAUCUUCAGAAGGAGAGUUGCUAAAACAGACAGAAAAUGGCAUAUCGAAGAGACGAAAUGUGGUCUGGAGGGCGAUACGACUAUGAAAGAGUUCCAAGAGAACGUCUCCCUCCAAGGAUUCAUGGUGAUGGCGAUUACCACAGAAUAGUAAACAUUGUGCCCAAGAAGCCACCACUGCUUGAGAGACCUGGGGAUGGGAAUUACAGUCGCUAUGAUGAUUACGGUCACGCUGAGUACAGAGACUAUGACACAGGUCGGAGUUUUGCCCAUGACCGGAGAAAUGGCCCUCCACACCGAGGUGGACGUAAGGAUGAAUCAGGAUACAGAUGGGCAAGGGACGGUCAUUCUACAAGACCUGAAUACAGGGACGUCAGAGAUGGCUUCAGAAGAAGAAGUUUCUAUUCCUCUCAUUAUGUGAGAGAUCGAUCCCCUCACAAGAGGGACUCUCCUUUCUUCAGGGAGUCGCCAGGGAGCCGGAGGGACUCUCCGCACAGCAGAUCUGGCUCUAGUGUCAGCAGCAGGAGCUACUCUCCUGAAAGAAGCAAAGCCUAUCCUUUCCACCAGCAUAGCAGAAAUAUGUCAUCUUUACAUAAAAGAAAUACUUCUUCUCAGCAAGGUAAAGAGAGGACAGUUCAGUCACUGAAAACAUCAAGAGAUGCAUCACCUUCAGGGUCCACAGCAGUACCUUCAUCAAAGGCCUUGGAGAAGAGCAACAGACUGUCAGAAAAGGAACUUACAGAAGCUGCAAGCAAGUGGGCAGCUGAAAAGUCAGAGAAGGCCGAGGAAAGCAAUUUACCUGAAUUAACAGAGUAUGAUGCUGGGUCUUCAGCUCCGUUAUACAUCGAGCAAACAGAGGAAUCAGGAGUAAAUCUAAUGGAGAGUGCAGAAAUAUACGAGGACGGCCAGUUUCUUGAUCGUUCAAAAGCAAUUGCAGCCAAGACAAAGGAGAUUGAACAGGUCUACAGACAAGACUGUGAAACGUUUGGCAUGGUAGUGAAGAUGCUAAUUGAUAAAGAUCCAUCAUUAGAGAAGUCCAUUCAGUUUGCCCUGAGGCAGAAUUUGCAUGAAAUAGAUUUCAUCAGAAUGGUGUGCAGAAACACAAAGGAAGUAGCACUGAUUUUGCAUGUUCAAGGGCUGCUGUCCAACUCCUCAUUCCCCAGGAUUUAUGGAUAAUCAGGACUGUCCUGUCCCAGGUGGAGAAUCUGGCACUUGCCCUUUGUUAAACUUCAUUGCAGCUGGUCAUUGUCCCUCAGCUCGUUAGUGUGUUCAGAUCUAUCUGCAGGACUUACCUGCUCUUGAGGGAGUUCACAGCUCCUCUCAGUUUAGUAUGAUCAGCAAACUCAUUCAAUGUACGUUUGACUUGUUGGUCUCCAUUAAAGAGCACUGGCCCUAAAACUGAGCCCUGGGGACUCCCGCUGGUGACCAGAUGCCAGCCUGAGGUAACCCCAUUCAUUAUGCCUAAUCAUU